UCGAAGAAAAAGGUGAACUGGAAAGUACCCCCGUCGACAGGGACCCAGGGUAGUGUGGGAGGAGGACCUCCGAGCCCCCCCGGGGCCGGAGGGGGGGGAGGCAGUGGCCAUACGACAUCAGGGGGAAGCGCGCCGGCAUCACUGCCUGCCUCAAGCGGUCAGGGUGGGAUCGCGCACAGCGGCAUGGGGGAAGGGGGGGUGAACGUCACACACUCCCCAACAGCAGGGAGCGACAAUUCAGGGAAGUUCGCCCGCAUCCGAACUUCGCAGACGGAGGACCCAGUGCCCGUGGAGGCAGCGAACUCGGCCGACAUCCGCACUUCGAUGACUCUGGAGCAGGCGGCCCUUCCCUCGUGGACUGCUUUCGGCUCCUCCGGUGAAGUGGGGCGGGGCUCAUGUGCAGGGGAUCCUGUCUCCGUCGUGAAGGGCAAGUCCGUGGACAUCCCUACCAGGGCGGACGGCGUUCAGGCGAGUGUACCGGUCCAGUGGAGCUCUACAGGAGCACAGGCGUCGGAGAUGGGCGCCGCCCUGGCUGUGCGGGAGGCGACGCCGCCGGCCCUUGGACAAGGCCGAUCUGCGAAGUCACAGAGAGAGAUUGCUGGUGCAGCGCCGUCCGCCUUCCUUGCGACGAAGUCCGCCGGUAUCCGUACUUCGUCCGUGACGUGCCUGCAGUCGGAGGAGGCAGGGACGGAGGAAGGUGCUACGUCUAUUCAUACAGACGACCGCUCCUUGGGAUCCGCCUUGAUGCGGCUGCAAGGAGUCGAGUCUCGUGAGACUGACAGGGGGGAAGAAUGGGUGGAAGUCGAGGGCGGGGAAGAAGGGGGAGAAUGGGAGGAGGGGGGAGAAGGAAACGAAGGGCGAGAGAAGGAGUUGAUUACACUGCGCGACAGGGAAGACGGUGAAGAAGGAGGACUCAGUAUUACAAACGAGGAAAGGGUGGAUGCCGGAGAGGAGGAUGUCUGUGGGGAGACAUCUAAUUCAUUCGGUCUGGUGUACGCUAGACCAGGUGAAGGUGAUAUCGACGAUGACGCGACGGCGAUGGAGAUGGAGACGCAGGUGGUUAGUGGCCUUUCCGUGGACCACGAAGAAUAUGACGCCCACCACCUGGCCACGGCGGUGCAUCCCCCCGACGGGUGCGACGAGGCUAUCAUGACAGUGAGCCCGACGAAAACGACUCGCCAUCUUAGCGUCAACGAGGUCAUCGAUAGCAUACUGGGCGACGUGCAAGUUAAAACACUUUCGUCCACACCGUCAAAAGAUGAUGCCCUUCUCAGCAACGAAACUUUCGCGGUCGGGGACUUGCCGCUCAUCCAGUCGUGCUUUCCGGUACCCUGGUCACCGCUCACAGGAGGAAGGGGGGGGGGUUGUUGGGGGACGCCAGCACGUCACGUCCCCGAAAAAGUGCAGGGUAGGCACUCCGUCCCUGGCUGUCCUCGCCUUACCAGCGCCCACGUCGCUGACGAAGGAGCGGGAAGAAAAACAAGCUGGUAAGCAUUGACGAUCGUCGCGAUGUCAGCACUCCCGCGUUUCGGGAUUGUCGACGCUGUCUGUCAACCCCCUUGUCGGUUUAUGCCCCACGUUAGAUGGACAAAAUUCCGCUUCACUUGUCAGCGAGGACCAAUUGGCCUUUGGUUCUUUAACACACCGUCACGCUUUAUUCUGCGACCGCUCAUCCGCUCCUCCCUCUACAAGUCCUUUGUCGCCGUCUCGACUUUUUAUCGCUGGCCGACACCUGUAGUGCGGAUACCGGCGGACUACAAGACAGACCAUCCGAUAAACGAUUUUCGCAGCG